UUCCGCUACAAAGAUGGCGGCACCCUGUGGAAGGUUGAUGGUCGGAGCUCCGCGCGCUGCCGGCAGAGUUUUAUUGCGAAGCUGCCGCCAGCAGCGCAGCCUGACCACCGGUCGUGGCCUAUUGUCCCGCCCCCGCCCCCUCCCCUUCCUGUUGGUGACAGGAGGUGGUUACCUUGGUUACCAGCACUACUGGAAAAAGGACCAAUCAGAUGAUGAGGCUCCACUUCGAUUGGCCACGUCCACCCAGGUAGCGCUGUACCGCUCAUUCCCAACUCGCCUUCUGUCUCGGGCCUGGGGUCGUCUGAAUGGAGUGAAUCUGCCCAGCUGGCUCCGAAAGCCCAUAUACUCCCUCUACAUCUGGACUUUCGGGGUCAACAUGCAGGAGGCAGCAGUGGAGGAUCUACAUCAUUACAGAAAUUUGGGGGAAUUUUUUCGUCGACGCCUCAAACCUGCAGUCCGACCAGUUUGUGCCUCCUCCUGCCUGAUCUCUCCAGCUGAUGGGAAGAUCCUUCAUUUUGGUCGAGUGAAAAACUCUGAGGUGGAGCAAGUGAAGGGGGUCACCUACAGUCUGGAGAACUUUCUGGGUCCACAGAUAAAGCAGGCUAAAGACUCGUCAUCCUCCUUUCAGGACCACCUCCUGUCGUCUCCUGAGAGCGACCUCUUCCACGUGGUGGUAUACCUGGCUCCAGGUGACUAUCACUGUUUCCAUUCACCCACUGACUGGAGGGUGGAGCUUCGCCGUCACUUCCCCGGCUCAUUGAUGUCCGUGAACCCGGGCGUGGCUCGCUGGGUCAAAGAGCUCUUCUGCCUCAAUGAGCGAGUGGCGCUCACCGGCCAAUGGAAACACGGUUUCUUCUCGUUAACAGCAGUCGGGGCUACAAACGUGGGCUCUAUCAGAGUCUACUUCGACCAGGAGUUGCAGACCAACAGUCCUCGCUACAGUAAAGGUUCCUUCGAUGACCACAGUUACGUUGCCAAGGGCAACAAGUUGUUAAAGCCAGAAGGUGAAGGGGAUGUGCUGUUGGUGGAUGGAGGGGGCGUGGCCUUACAGAAAGGAGACCCUGUGGGGGAGUUUAACCUUGGUUCCACCAUUGUUCUGCUGUUUGAGGCUCCCAAAGACUUUACCUUCAACCUGCAGCCUGGACAGAGAAUCAGAAUGGGAGAGGGCAUUGGUGGCCUGUGAUUGGCUACAGACUUGGAGUGGGGUCAGAGGAAGAGUUUAAAGCAUUGUGGGUCGUUUUCUCUUUACAUUUUAAUUUUGUCAUGGAGAACGACUCAAAGUCCCAUAAUGCUUUUUUUUUGCCUGAAAGAGACAAUGCCAAAUCUCUCUCUCUCUCUCUCUCUCUCUCUCUCUCUCUCUGUCUCUCUGUCUCUCUAUUCUGUGUGGGUGUCUCUCGCCCACCAGCCAAACUGUUUUAAUCUCCAGCUGAUGUUUAACCCAACGUUCCCUGAUCUGAUGACAGUUUGGAUGUUUUCUCUUUUCCUGUCAGUUGUUAGCAUUAGCUAACACCAUUAUGAAGCAGCUGAUUGGUAGUUGGCCAGCAGGGGACGUGGCCAACUCUUGUUAACACUUCAUUUAUUUUCCUUGUUCUGAAGAUGAAAAGAUGGUCGAUAUCUUUUAUUCUGUGUCUUGUAAAUGUUUGUAAAAUAAAUAAACAUAUGUAAUUUGAAUAAAUUUCUGCUUCUCA